AACAGGUUUUACACGGGUCGUGCAAAUACCGCCCUGGUGGUUAUUUGACCUAGGAGGUCCCAGCUCGUGCAAAUAUCUACUAUCUAAAGAGAUACCCCUAAUGUAGCCGGAGUAUAUACGGGAGAAGGUAGCAAGCGUGUGCAGAAGGCUGAACCAUGGCCACUAGAGGAUUAGUUCGAAUAUUUAGUUAUAGACAGUCUCCUUUCAAUAGUUUCACGAAAAUUUCGUCUCGAACAAAUGACAAGUGUACUGUUUGUAUUAGACUUUGUAGCUUUACUUCAGUAUGUGGUGUGCCAAGAACAUAUCAUGAUGUCCUUCGCCGAUGUAACCAACACACAGGUGAAUCAAGAAGUUUCCACAGCUCAUCAAAACUCUCAAGAAAGGAUUAUUAUGAUGUCUUAGGUGUGAACAAAAAAGCAGACUCCAAAGAGAUCAAAAAGGCAUAUUAUCAACUAGCUAAAAAGUAUCAUCCAGACACUAAUAAAGAUGAUCCUAAUGCUUCUAAGAAGUUUCAGGAAGUAUCUGAGGCAUAUGAGGUUCUCAGUGAUGAUACAAAAAGAAGAGAAUAUGAUGCUUGGGGCACAACUUCAGAGCAGAUGGGUCGAGAAGGUGGAGGGUUUGGCCCAAGAGGAGGAAAAGCCAGGCCAGGAGCUGGCCAAGGAAUGAACUGGGAAUACCGAUCAUCUGUUGAUCCGGAAGAACUCUUCAGGAAAAUAUUUGGUGACCAUCAUGGAUUCCAGUCUUUUACUGAAGACUUUGCUGACUCAGCAUUUGGUUUUGGAUCAGGCCAAGAGGUCUCUGUUAAACUUACCUUUGCUCAAGCUGCUCGUGGAAUCAACAAGGAUGUUGAUGUUAACAUUGUGGACACAUGCCCUGCAUGUAAAGGUACAAGAGCUGAGCCAGGAACGAAAGCAACUAAAUGUGAAGCCUGUAAUGGAUCUGGCAUGGAAACCAUCAAAACAGGCCCAUUUGUUAUGCGUACUCCAUGUCGUGUCUGCAAUGGAAGUACCAUGUCUAUAAAGCAUCCAUGUAGGGAGUGUGGAGGGAAUGGGAAAACUCUACAGAGGAAAAGGGUCACUGUUCCUAUCCCUGCAGGUGUUCAAGAUGGUCAAACUUUGCGCAUGGCAGUUGGCAGAAAGGAACUUUUCAUUACUGUUAGAGUUGAAAAAUCAGCUUAUUUUAGACAGCAAGGAGCAGAUGUUCACACUGAUGCAGACAUUUCACUUGCACAAGCAGUUUUAGGUGGAACCAUUAGAAUUCAGGGUGUUUAUGAGGAUCAGACUAUCCAGGUUUCUCCACUGACCUCAUCACAUACCAAGAUUUGCUUGAAAUCUAAAGGAAUGAAGCUAGUUUCUGGAUAUGGUUAUGGUGACCAUUAUGUCAACAUCAAGAUAAAAUUGCCUAAGUCACUCACACCCGAGCAGAAAGAACUUAUGAUUGCUUAUGCAGAGCUGGAAGAGGACACUCCUGGAACUAUAUUUGGAAUUGCAUUCAGGAAAGAUGGGGCAGGGGAUCCAAAGUCAACUAAAAUGGCUGGCUCGGAAGAAAAAGUAAUGGAAGAGUUAAAGCAAGAAGAGAAGACUAAGCCCUUGUUUGGAGGAUUACUAUCCAAAAUUAAAAAAGCUAUACUUGGAUAGAACUUUUAAUUGUUUUUAAAUUUGGAUAUUUGUUAAUAGUAGUAAACAUUCUAUGUUUUUAUACUUGAUUUUAAUUGGGAGUGAAAAUUUUGAUGGUGCCCUUGAUAUCAUUAUCAUGACACUUUUGACCAGUAUUGGAAGGUAGAUGAGUGUUGAACAGCAACAUUUUUCCAGGAAAAAGAUAAUGAUGCUGUACAAACACUUAGCUAUUUUCUGGAAUCUGAGUGUGACCAUUGGUUACCUCCUAAGGGUGGUGCUGGUAAGCAAUUGCUUUCCAUUUGUGGCUGUUGGUUUUAUUUAGUUGUAUAAUUUGUGUUGUGCAUGCUGGUGUAUGUUUUCUAAUUCUAAGAAUGCUGCACAACAUAAAAAUAAUUAACUACUGAAGUUCUUAGCACACAAAAAGCAAUAAGUCUGUUAUAGCCCUUCAAAUUACAUUCCCAUCCAGUUUUUAACCACACCAAACUAAUUAUGAUCAUGAAUGUGCAAUUCUCUAAUAAUUUUCUAUCAAUUGUGGAAAUUUGUUUGUAUGUUCAAAAAAUAAGUUUAGCUCA